GUACAUUAUACACAGUACACACUUGGUUUUUAUUUCCCUUUGGCUAGAGUCGCUGCAAGGCCCGUGUGCCCAUAUCCCGCCGGCAAAAUAGAUAACUCCACUGUGAAAAUGUCAGCCCUAAACUGGAAGCCUUUUAUUUAUGGCGGUUUAGCCUCCAUCACUGCUGAAUGUGGCACUUUCCCUAUAGACUUGACCAAAACACGCCUUCAGGUGCAGGGUCAAGCAAAUGAUGCAAAAUACAAGGAAAUACGCUACCGAGGAAUGCUUCAUGCACUUGCAAGAAUAUGGAAAGAGGAGGGGGUGAAAGCACUCUACUCUGGGAUUGCGCCUGCAAUGCUCCGACAGGCAUCAUACGGCACCAUUAAAAUUGGCACUUAUCAGAGCAUGAAGAGGUUGUUUGUGGAUAGGCCAGAAGAUGAAACAUUGGUUCUUAAUGUGUUUUGUGGUGUUCUUUCUGGAGUGGUUUCUUCUUGUAUUGCUAAUCCCACUGACGUUUUGAAGAUAAGAAUGCAAGCUCAGGGCGAUGUCAUUCAGGGAGGGAUGAUUGGGAACUUCAUCAAUAUUUACCAGCAGGAAGGCACCAGGGGGCUGUGGAAGGCACUGUCCCUCACUGCACAGAGGGCAGCUAUUGUGGUUGGAGUGGAAUUGCCUGUGUAUGACAUCACCAAGAAACACCUGAUCCUCUCUGGGCUAAUGGGAGACACCAUUUAUACACAUUUUCUGUCCAGUUUUACCUGUGGAUUAGCAGGAGCUCUUGCUUCAAAUCCUGUUGAUGUUGUGAGAACCCGCAUGAUGAACCAAAAAGCUGUACAUGAUCACUCAAGCUACAAGGGCACUCUGGACUGCCUAUUGCAGACAUGGAAGAAUGAAGGCUUUUUCGCGUUGUACAAAGGGUUUUGGCCUAACUGGUUAAGACUGGGACCUUGGAAUAUUAUUUUCUUCAUAACCUAUGAACAGCUAAAGAAACUGAAUCUGUGACUUUGAGAGGUUUCAUCCAGUGAAGAUCAACUUUUUCAGGAACCAUUUUGCAUUGUCCUGCUCCAAAAUACUAUCAAGGAUUUCACAAGAAGUGUGUGAAUGUAUGAAGCAAUGUAGUGUUUUCCUGGAAGCCUUAAAGAUAAUUUAACUUGCAGAGCUGUCUCCCACUUAGUGCUUUUAAAAACUAAAUGUAAAACCUGGAGGUCUCGUUUGGAGCUUAAUUUCAAGUUUUAAAUUUUGGCCUUGUGCUGUGCUAUUGAAUUCUUUUUAAUAUAAAAAGAUAGAUAGAUAGAUAUAUCCAUUGUGGCAUUAGUUAAACACCCCUUUAAAUUAUAUUUUUAUAACUGCAAAUUGAGCUUUUCAUUUUAUCCCACAUAUUCAAAUUUACGACCAGUUUUCUUUUUUUUUUUGUGUGCGCGCACGUGGUAAUCAUCCACAUGGUUUAGUUAUGUGGGCGUUUAGAGAAAGUUACAUUGUAGGAAUGUAAUGGCCAUUUAGAUAUUACAAUUGCUGUAUUCUGAUUGAGAGCCUACAUCAUCCUUUAUGUUAAUGAGUAGUUCUAAAUGUUUCAGCAGUUGCUAUUUUUUUAACUGAUGUUUUCUUACAAAAAAUGUCAUGUCUAGUAUUUCUAUUAAAAUUAUAUCAAAUGUA